AUGCUAUCAUUUUGCGACUAUUUUUGGUCUGAGGACCUUGUCUCUGGUUUAGAGGUGCUUUUUGAUAGAUUAUACCACGGUUGUGAGCAAUGUGAUUUGUUCAUUCAAUUAUUUGCGUCAAGAAUGCAGUUUGAAGUUAGUCACGGGAGGCAGUUGUUUGGUAUAGAAGCCGGUAUGGACAACCUAAAGGUGGUUCAGGAAGAUGAGCAUGAAGGGGUGACCGUUUCGAGAGCUCUGAGGGGAAUUCUACAAGAAAUGUCUCAGGAAGGGACGCAUCACUUGACAAUAGCAUCGAACAUAGAAAGUUUGGUGCUGCAACCAUUCGGUAAAUGGUGCGUGGAGCAUAGGGAGAGGAUCCAAUACUCUGAAAAGACUUUGUUGACCAACGUAAAUAAUUUCAAAAAGUCUAAGAAGUACGUCAGUAAGCUGGAAAAGGAAUAUUUUAAUAAAUGUAGGCAAUUAGAAGAAUUUAAAAGAACUCAUUUCAAUGAAGAUGAGCUAGCCAAUGCAAUGAAAUCGUUGAAAAUACAAAGUAAAUACGAAGAAGACAUCGCCAGGGAAAAGGAUCAUAGAUUUUUCAAUAAAAUAGCAGGAAUAGAUUUUGAUUAUAAAACAAUGAAGGAGACACUUCAGUUGUUAUUGACCAAGCUUCCUAAAACGGACUAUAAGCUUCCUCUUAUAAGCUAUUCUUUGAGUAACACCAACAGCGGCGGAGAAAUAACAAAGUUUCUGCUCGACCACAUGUCAUUAAAGGAUACCGAUCAAGCUGAAACGUUCGGCCAAGAUUUGUUGAAUUUAGGGUUUUUGAAAUACUGCAAUGGUGUUGGUAAUACAUUUGUCAACUCCAAAAAAUUCCAAUACCAAUGGAAGAACACUGCAUACAUGUUUGCCAAUGUGCCAAUGCCCGGUUCGGAGGAACCUGCAGCUGGUGAAUCCCUAAUAUCUCGGUUCAACAACUGGGAUGGCUCAUCUGCAAAGGAGAUGAUUCAAUCCAAGAUUGGUAACGACCAAGGGGCUGGAAAAUUCCAAGCUCCUCAUAUAUCUGAUAAUGAAAGGACGCUUUUCAAAAUGAUGGAUGCACUUGCAGCGUCAGAUAAGAAAUAUUACCAAGAGUGUUUCAAGAUGGAUGCCUUAAGAUGCUCUAUCGAGGAGUUGUUGAUUGACCAUUUGUCGUUUAUGGAAAAAUGUGAGUCUGAUAGACUGAAUGCGAUUAAGAAAGCAACAUUAGAUUUUUGCUCCACUUUAGGUAAUAAAAUUUCUUCAUUAAAACUGUGCAUAGAUAAAAUGCUUACGCUAGAAAACGAUAUUGAUCCCACUGCAGACCUUUUGCAACUUUUAGCCAAGUACAAGACGGGCAGUUUUAAACCUCAAGCCAUUGUCUAUAAUAAUUACUACAAUCCUGGCUCAUUUCAAAACUUUGGCGUUGAUCUAGAGACUCGUUGUAGACUAGAUAAGAAAAUUGUUCCAUUAAUAAUUUCAUCGAUAUUUUCAUAUAUGGACAAGAUAUACCCUGAUCUACCUAAUGACAAAGUAAGAACUUCAAUUUGGACUGAUUCGGUGAAACUUAGCCUGACACAUCAACUUCGAAACCUAUUGAACAAACAACAAUUCCACAACGAAGGUGAAAUAUUUGAUAUACUGUCCACAUCCAAGUUGGAACCGAGCACUAUUGCCAGUGUUGUUAAAAUUUAUUUAUUAGAAUUGCCAGACCCACUGAUUCCCAAUGAAGUUUCGGAUAUUCUUCGGGUACUUUAUCUGGAUUAUCCACCUUUAGUUGAAACUGCAUUAGAGGAUCCCGCUUCAUCUCCUGAGGACCAACAGGGCGAUGAAAACGAGGAAGGCACUGAUACCAAAAGAAUAAGAGGCCUUUACACCACCUUGUCCUCCCUAAGCAAACCCCAUAUAGCGACGCUAGACGCUAUUACCACUCAUUUUUACAGAUUAAUUAAAAUUCUGAAAAUGGGUCAAGACGGCAACGAAGUAGCUGAUGAGUUUACCAUCUCUAUUUCACAAGAAUUUGCCAAUUGUAUUAUCCAAUCGAAGAUCACUGAUGAUAAUGAAAUUGGUUUUAAAAUCUUCUAUGACCUGCUGACACAUAAGAAACAGAUUUUUCACGAAUUGAAAAGACAAAACUCGAAAAAUUGA